AUGAUUCUUUCAUCUUUCUUCACAUUUUUCUCUCUCGCUUUCUCUCACUAUUCAUGCAUUGUCUCAUCCAGAUUUUCCCAUCUCUCUAACCUGCACUCCAUUCCUUUCUUUCUUACUUUCUUUCUUUCUUUCUUUCUUUCUUUCUUUCUUUCUUUCUUUCUUUCCCUUCGUCUUUCUUUUUAUUUUCUUCGUAUUUUUUCUAUUCUGUGCUCAUUAUUUCUUUCUUUCUUUCUUUCUUUCUUUCUUUCUUUCUUUCUUUCUUUCUUUCUUUCUCGUUUUCUUAUUUCUUUUCGACAUUUUCCCUUCUCUCCUGCUUUUAAUGCUUUUCCCCCUCCCACAUUUACCCAUAUCUCUCACCUGCUCCCUAUGCUUCUUUCUUCUUCCCGCUUCCUAUAUUUUUUUGCCCUCUCUUUCAUUCAUUUUUACUUCCACUUUCAUAUCGUUCUCUCCCACUUUCUAUUCUUUUAUCUUUCUUUUUUCUUUUUUUCUUUCUUUCUUUUUUUCUCAACUCCCUCUCUCUAUCUCUUUUGUACUCAUUGGUGUUUUGCACACAUCCUUUCUUUCUUUCUUUCUUUUUUUCUUUCAUUCUUUCUUUCUUCAAGAUUCUUUCUCUUUCUCUCGCUUCCAUGUUAUUUAGGUAUUUCUAUUCUUUAUCUUUCACAUUUUCCCAUCUCUCUCUCUCUCUCUCCCGCACACUUUGAACACUUUCCUUUUACUCUGAAUUCCCCCUCUUUCUCUCUCUCUCUUUCCCUUCCUUGUUAUUUCAGCAACCCUAUCUUUUAUUUCUCUCCUUCUUCCUCUAUGCGCUUCUAUGUCCGUGCAAAAUCAUGUCCGCGCAUCAAAAGUACAUUUAUACACCAAGUUACAUUCUCGCAAGUAAUCGUUCUUAAUGAUAUUCAAAAGCUUCAGAGGAACUUUUAUGCAUAG